AUGUGGAGCGAGUGGCGUUGGCUUGUGGUCACACUGAACGCCGUCGCCGCGCUGUCGCCGGUCAUUAAAAUUGGCGCAAUAUUCACUGAAGAGGCUCGGGGAGGCAGUGCGGAGCUCGCUUUUAAGUACGCGGUCUACAGGAUUAAUAAGGAAAGAAGUCUGCUACCUGCAAGUACACUCGUCUACGACAUACAGUACACUACAUCCAGGGACACUUUCAUGACUUAUAAGAAAGCGUGUACCCAGAUCAAAACAGGUGCGGUGGCUCUCUUGAACAGCGCGGGUCCACUGCUCGGUGAAACUUUGGGCGCCAUGUGUAGGUCGCUGCACGCGCCUCACCUAACCGUUGCUCAUAAUACAGUCGAACCCGUCAACCGGUCGGACUUCUUCACCAUCAACUUGUACCCGUCUCGUGAGCUAAUGGAUAGAGCAUUUGCCGAGCUGACCGCUUACCUCAAUUGGACAAGAAUGGGCAUCAUAUACGAAGAUUACGGAUAUGGUGAAAUAAAUAUCUUGAACCUGGCAAGCGACGGUCGCGACAUGUACACUGUACGUUGCAGCGACGUUAAGGACUACCGACGCGGUCUGCAGCAGCUGAAAGCGCAACGGAUAACGCACAUUAUUGUUGACACCGACCCGGAUCACCUCCGAGAAUUCUCUAGAGCUGUUCUACAACUGCAGAUGAAUAAUGAAAACUACCACUAUAUUUUUACAUCCUUCGAUAUGGAACUCUUCGAUCUCGAAGACUUCUACUACAACCGCGUGAACAUGAGCGGCUGGAGAUUGGUCGACCGGGAAUCUGAUAAAGUGAAAGAAGCACUGCAGAUCAUGGAGAAGUUCCAUCCCAUUGGCGCUAACAUCCUUAGUGGAGGGCAUAUAAAGACUGAACCGGCACUUCUGUACGACGCAGUGCAGGUCCUCGCGUUAGCACUAGCAUCUACGAAGGAGGUCCACACAGCGAACAUAUCCUGCGAGAGCGUGACAUCGUGGAAACAUGGCAAGACGCUGCGGGAUAAUAUUAAUAAGAUCCAAGCGCACGGUCUGACGGGCCCCAUCGAGUUUACACGUGGGGUCCGCACGAAGUUCAACUUACAACUGAUGCGGCUAGCGGGUGGUGAGGAGGGUGGUACCGUGUUGGCUGGAAGCUGGUCUCCAGAGGAAGGACUCCAGUUAUCAGACCCGGCUGCAUAUCGCCGUGACCCCCCACCUAAUGUCACAUUAACUGUCGUCACUGUCGAGGAGAAACCGUACGUCAUGGUAAAAGAGGGCUGGAACCUGCAAGGCAAUGCGCGUUUCGAGGGCUUCUGUAUCGACCUUUUAGCCCGGGUGGCGGCCAGAGCGGGGUUCCAUUAUACUCUGCGCUUAGUCCCGGACAACAUGUACGGUGCACGGGAUCCGGACACGGGACAAUGGAAUGGAAUUGUCAAGGAGCUGAUGGACAGGAAAGCUGACAUCGCUGUGGCAUCCAUGACGAUAAAUUACGCUCGCGAAGCCGUCAUCGAUUUCACGAAGCCCUUUAUGAAUCUCGGCAUUGGAAUUUUGUUUAAGGUUCCAACGUCACAACCCACAAGGCUGUUCAGCUUUUUGAAUCCCCUGGCCAUCGAGAUUUGGCUGUACGUUCUAGCAGCGUACAUUCUCGUGUCGUUCACUCUGUUCGUGAUGGCCAGAUUUUCACCGUAUGAAUGGUCUUCAAGCACACACGGGUGUGGACACGAAACGAAACUCCUCACAAACCAGUUCAACGUGUGCAAUUCAUUUUGGUUCAUUACUGGCACAUUUCUGAGGCAAGGUUCUGGCCUUAAUCCAAUGGCGACCUCCACGCGCAUAGUGGGAGGAAUCUGGUGGUUCUUCACGCUGAUCAUCCUCUCUUCUUACACGGCCAACUUGGCAGCGUUCCUCACCGUGGAAAGAACUGUGCUGCCCAUUCAAAGCGCUGCGGACCUAGCCGCGCAAAAUCACGUGCAAUACGGAACACUCAAUGGAGGAUCUACUAUGACGUUUUUUAGGGAUUCCAAUAUAGACAUCUACCAGAAGAUGUGGCAGCACAUGUCCACAGCUUCCCCACCUGCCCUCGUGUCCUCAUACGAGGAAGGCGUUAGGAGGGUGCUGGCGGGUAACUACGCUUUUCUUAUGGAGUCAACGAUGCUGGAUCAUCGUGUGCAAAGGGAUUGCAACCUUACGCAGAUCGGUGGCCUUUUGGACUCUAAGGGCUACGGAAUAGCGACAUGGAAGGGCAGUCCGUGGAGAGACAAAAUAUCCCUAGCGAUCCUAGACCUCCAAGAGAAGGGUGUGAUCCAGAUCCUGUACGACAAAUGGUGGAAGAACACUGGAGACGUGUGCAACAGGGACGGGAAGGACAGCAAGGCAAACCCGCUUGGUGUGCAAAAUAUUGGUGGAGUGUUUGUAACAUUGUUGUGUGGGCUGGCGCUUGCAAUAGUUGUGGCCAUUUUGGAAUUUUGCUGGAAUACAAGGAAAAAUGCAUCGCACGGUCGACAGUCGUUAUGUAGCGAGAUGGGUCAGGAGCUAAGAACAGCUAUAAGAGGGGGUUCAUCGAGAACUGUGCUAAGACCUGGAUGCUCCAGGUGUUCACCAGCCACUCACGUACCACCAGCGCCUUCACGAUACGAGAUGGCGGACGCGAGCACGUUGGAGCUGAAGGAGUUGCGCUGGUCGUAG